UUGGUUAGCUCUCUUGUGCUCAGUCUGUCAAAUUACCCAAAACACAAAAAUCACAAAGUGAAUCUAAGAGUGUUGUCAGAGGAAGACAAAACAGGUUUCAGCUUUCAACAGAUCCCACGGACAUGGCAACUGCAUCACAGAUUGUCGAGAAACUGAAACUGAAUCCCCACCCAGAAGGUGGGUUUUAUUUUGAAACUUUCAGAGACAUCUCCAUUGCCCUGCCCUUGUGCCAGCUUCCCCCAGAUUACAAGGUUGAGCGCCCUGUGAGUUCUUCGAUCUACUUCUUGCUGCCUUCCGGGGAUGUGUCGCGCCUUCAUCGUAUACCAAUGGCUGAAACCUGGCAUUUUUAUCUGGGAGAACCUAUUACGAUAGUGGAGUUGGAUGACAAAGAUGGGCAAGUCAAAUUCACCUGCCUUGGACCCAAUUUGAUUGGAGAGGAUCAGCAACCCCAGUACACGGUGCCUCCAAAUGUAUGGUUUGGUUCAUUUCCAACAAAGGACUAUAGCGUUUCACCAGAUGGGGCAUUGCUCAAAGCUGCUCCAAGGGAUGCUGAGACUCACUACUCUCUUGUGGGAUGCACUUGUGCACCUGCCUUUCAGUUCCAGGACUUCGAGCUGGCAAAGCGAUCGGACCUUGUUUCUCGCUUUCCUAAAUUCGAGCCUCUUAUAUCAUUCCUUACAUUCCCUGAAAAAGCAUGAGCCUUUGCUGCAGUAGUCUUAUAGUUACGUUAGCUCAACGUUCAUCCUGAGUUUUUACAUGUUUAUGGAUUUGAAUUUUUCAGAUCAUGUACUUGUAUGAAAAGCUUGUUAAGAAUUCGCAUUUGAUGAUCCAAUCUACCAUGCGAAAGUUCUUGUAUUAGGAACUAAAUAAUGAAAGAAUAAGAUUUCCCUUGAUCCU